AUGGAGGUUAUAGCUGCAUCUUCUGACUGCUCUAGUUCUGUGAAUAAGAAGAAAAACCUUGAUCCAGCUUUGUACAGAAUCGAAUUAGGUCAGCUGACCGCACACAAUAUCAAACAGUUGCGCAUGAUUAAUCAAGUUGUUCUGCCGGUCUCGUAUGCGGAGAAAUUUUACACAGAUCUGUUGAAAAACAGCCAUAUGUGUCGUUUGGCCUAUUUCAAUGAUAUCGUUGUUGGAGCGGUUAGCUAUCGGAUCGAUCAUGUUGCUGUCAAACCAGGAGACUGUUCUUCGGAUGAUGUUACAUCGAACAACCAAUACGUGAAGAAGUGUUACAUCAUGACUCUUGGAUGUUUAGCACCGUAUAGAGGUCUCGGCAUUGGCACAGUAAUGCUAAAGCAUGUCGUAAAGUUUUGCAGAAAACAAGGAGGAGUCAAAAGCAUAUAUCUUCAUGUUCAUGUGGAAAAUGCAGGUGCCGUUGCAUUUUACAAGCACUUUGGUUUCGACAUUACGGGUGAGAUCGAAGAUUACUAUCGGUGCGUGGAGCCCAAGAGUGCAUAUAUCCUGGAAAAGAAUUUGGGCCCGUCAGAUUUUGAAGAUCUUUCUUCCGAUUCGGAUUAA